AUGAAAAAAAAAAUUAAAUAGAAAUUGUUUGAAAUUCAAUAAAAGAUGAAAUAUGAAGAAUUUAAAAGAAAAACUGAUAAAUUGAUGAAUUAGCUGGACAAUAAUUUAAAAAAAAUUAAUUUAUGGUAAGUAAAAUAUUUGAAUGAUUUCAUUAAUUAAAAAUAAUAGACACUUAAUACAUCAAUGUAAAUUAUUGAAUCUCAUAACUAAAAUGUUUAUACUAAUUAUUAAUAAUAAAUGAAAAAAAUAUAAGAUUAAAAUUGA